AUGUCUGAAACUGAACUCCAGAGAGCACCUACUGGCCAUGAAAACCGGAUUCCGGAUAGCUUUUCUCUUGUUCCUAAAAAUGCAGAAAACUCCUUGAAGUUAGAUCAGGAAUCUAAGGAAGACUUACCUGUGCUUCGAGGAGUGUCACUUCAACGCAAAACCGAAGGAGUCUUUGUCAAGCAGUUGCUGGUAGUUUUACUUUUAACAGUGGAUGUUGGAAAGAGCGUCUUCAGUUAUGCAUUGUUAUAUCACAAUGGGGAUCGAUAUCCUAUACCACAAACAGAAAUGGUUACAGCUGUAGAAGCUUUAAAAUUUCUGACAGUUACAAUCAUCCACCUCGUCAUGACGAAAUCCAUCUCGAACCUUCGGCCAUCGUUGAUUUUUAUGUUUCCGUCGUUGAUUUAUGCUAUCACCAGCAACAUUUUCCUGUAUGCAUUGACUUUCAUAACUCCAGCCGUAUGGAUAGUGUUGAUUCAAAGCAAAGUUGUCUUCACACUCAUCAUCUACCGGUUAGUUUUUCGUAAAAUUGUGACCUCUUCUCAAUGGGUGGCUGCCGUUUUGUUUAUUCUGGCUAUUGCUAUCAGCCAGAUUCGUAGCCUCACAAUGGAAGGAACCCCAGCGCCACUUAUGGCAAUUCUAUUAAGCUUCGUCAACAGCAUUUUGGCAAGCGUGGUUUCAGUGUACACAGAGGUCCUUUUUAAGAAUGACAGUCGCAGUUUCUGGGAGCAGCAAAUACAGCUGUAUUGUUUCGGCACCGUCUUAAAUUUAAUAUAUGUACUUCUGACUGGCAAUUUGAGGGCAGUGGCUUCAAGCUUUGUCAGUUGGUCUAAUAUCACCAAGUCAUUACUGGUAUUAACCGUUGUCACAACCGCAGCUCAAGGAAUUACUAUGGCUGUCGUUAUGCGCCAAUUGGAUAAUGUUGUCAAGUUCUAUACGGCUGCAUUAGCGAACAUUAUGACUGCUAUCGCUUCAGCUUGCUUGUUUCCAGACAAGUUUGUUCUGGAUAUAACCUUUAUUUUUAGUUUAUUAAUUUUAAUAUUUGCCAUCUAUUUGUAUGAAAAUAAAAAUUUCAACUUAUUUUGCCCAGAAGCAACGGACAAUGAACAGUAGUCCUAGGGAUAAUGUAUUAAAUAAUUAUAGAUUAAAAUGAUGAUUAAGAUAAGUUUAGGUGUUGAUGAACAUAUAUUUUGCAGUCUGAA